UGAAUUAUAAGAUCUUGGUUGGCAUCAGAUCAUUUCAGUCUUCACAGUUCAUUUUCGGUGGUUGUACUUCUGACUGAGUUCACUCUACUAGAAUUAAUUGGCUUCAUAUUUCAUAGUUAGAGGACUCGGAGAUUUUCUCAGACCAACUCAGUGGAUCACAAGACCUUGAAUAAUUUUGUGGGGCUACGGUGCCUCUUUCCUAUGAUUGCUCUACAACUGCCAGAGUUAUUGAUUAAACAGGUUUUGGUGCGCAGCAAGGAAAACUCAGAAUGAGGCAGAAUUGGACUUCAAUGGCGAUCGCGGUAUUUGGAAUGGCAAAACCAUCAAUAGCAGACUAAGAGGUGGUUCGGCCCUGAUAAUAGUCAUUGUUGAGGAUGAGAGACUCGAAAAAUAUGACGAUUCAUGACAUUGAUUUGUCUACUUUAAUACCACAACUGUAAGACUCCAGCUUGUUCUGUUUUCUUGCCGUAUCUAAAAUGUAUUAAUGUAGUUGUAAUUUGUCUAGAAUUUUGAAUCUCUUGCUCGGUAAAUCUUUUUACUUCAUAUUUUAUAAUAUACGUAUCAAACACUGCCCGCCUCGACUAGUCUUUGCUAACUGCGGGCAGUGCAUAUUUUUUGUAAUAUUGUAAUAUAUCAUUAAUAUAUAUCAUUAAACUAUCAAACUAUAUCAUUAAACUAUCAUUAGAAUGUCCUCCACCAUAAUCUUCUUGCUGCAGGGUGUUUUCUCUCAAUAUAUCUAGAUUCUCCUACUUGAUUUACCAGAAAAUGUUAUAACAGCUAUGGAAGAAUCCUCAUGGAGUGUUUGAAGUUAAGGGUCUUAAGGUCGGAAAAGAACACGUAGGAUAUCUCUGCUCUUGAGAAUGAUUCAAAGGAAUUUUGUAGAAUAUCUCCCAAAAUAUUACUGCUUGUGUAUUUAUAGUUUUGUCACGCUUUUUAAACGUUCUUUGUAUUAUUGUUUUGUGUAUUUCUCAACUGAUGAAUGCAUCUCAGCUGCUGCAGCGAUUGUCAAGAGACACAUCGAAUAAUACAGAGGCCGAUAAGGUUGCAGUCAACCAGUUAAAUUUUGAGUUGCCUCUACCUUACCAACUGGCCUUGGCUCAGUAUGGUGUACCAAAAGUGAUGACAGUAGCCACUCCUUUCGACAGUGGUAAGACAAGAAUAGGUGAUUCAGCAGAUUUUAGCCCUUUAGACUUCAACGAUUUGUCCAAUCUUAACCCCACGGAUCCACUUGGUUUUAAAAGUGAUCUGGGAUUUGAGAAUGGCGGAAUGAAUACACACAACUCCCAAGGCUUCGAUCUUGAGGAAUUCCUCCCUGACAUGAGCCCUGGACCAUUCAUUGGAUAUGCUGAAACCGUUUCAAGAGAUUUUCCAUCGACUGAAGAUGAUAAUGAAGAAAGUGAGUUGUCCGUGGCCCAGUAUUGUGUACCGCAAGUGACGACAAUGGCCAAUUCUUUCGACAGUGGUAAUACAGGAAUGGGUGAUUCAGCAGAUUUUAGCUCUUUAGACCGCAAGGAUUACUCCAGUCUUCCUAGAGAAUUGCCAUCGCCAUCUACUAAAGAAAAUAAUGAAGAAAGUGAGCAACAACACAAAGUGCUCAUAACCUCUGCUGAUGCCUCGCAAAGUUCCGAUAGCGCUUUGGGUUCGUCAGAAGUGGAGAGAAUGUCGCAGGAUUUACCCGUCGUCCGACAUUUUCAACGACAAGGAGCUUAUGCGCCAGAAAUAGAGCCUAAACAGGGGCCUUUGCAGGGUGGUGAACCGUUUUACUUGGAAUUGGAAAGAGAUCUUCCACCUUCUGUAAAGUUUGUAUGGGUGACAUUUGGAAGCAAAGAAGUGAAAGCGUGGAAGACCUAUGAAGAGGGUCUUGGUUCUGUUACUAUGCAUGGAAAGAAAAUUCCCCCUGGGUACAAACCGGGACCUGUCACAGUAACGAUUGUGACACCUGAUGGUUACAGCUUAGGGGAGACGAUAUUUACAUACACAGACCAACACAAAGAAGCAAUGAAAGAAAUCGUUUCAAGUAAAAGGAAGUUGGCUGAGUUCUUUCAAGAAGCCUCAAAGCAUUUUAAAAGUGACGUCAGUGAAGAAAAUGUCCCGCAACAGCAGUCUGGUAAUUCAAAUGAAGAUGCCUCUUUGGAACCUGUAGAUGUUUUACGGCCUUUGGUUUACACAGCUGCACAAAUUGGUAAAGAAGAACUUCUUCGCUCUAUCUUCACCUCAUCGGCUGGGAGGGUAAUCUUUGAAUCAUACAGAAAAGAAUCUGUUUUACCAGAAGAUGUUGCAGAGGCUCAUGACCACAAAGAGGUGGCAAAUUAUCUCAGAGAAAUAACCAAAAGAUUUUCUGAAAAUGAUGAACCAACCUCUCUAGGAUUGAUUGAUACUGAUUGGAACGAACUUGUUAGAGCUGUCGAGGAAGGCACAACAUGUUCUGAAAAUUCUGAUGUAAUACGUUUGAAAAAAGUGCCGAAAGAUUACCACAUCUCAGAGGAGGAGUAUUUUGGAGAUGCUGAAAAAUCUGGAGAUUCAGAGGAGGAAAGCGCUGAUCGUGUUCCUUUGGGACCAGAUACCGUUGAAGGUCUUUUGUCAUCGAGAAAGGAGAAAUCAGAAGUAAGUGAUUCAGACCAGGCGAGAAUCCAGAAGCUAGAAAAAGAAAAGCAGACUUUGAAGCAAAAAGUUCAACAAACUUUAAAAGAGAGCCAGAUAUUAAGGACAAUAAUUCUCGAACUGGAAAAGGAACUGUUCACAAUAAAACAGAGACUUCACGACUCUUCUGAAAAGGAUUUGGAGAAUUUCGAUAUUUCAUGUGGAGAGGAUGAUUCAGAAGAUGCCAGAAAUUAUCUUGAACCCGAACGAGCAAACACAGAGAGUGAAAUCUGUAAAACGCUGCAAGACCUCAACAAGGACCUUUAUAGAAAUGUAACGUCUCUAUUAGAAGUACCAGAAGUAAAAGAAGACAAACUGAAAGUUCCUGUCACGAUAGACCUUUUAAGAAGAGUUAGUAUAGCUUUACAAAAGCUAUACAACUCUGUUCUCUCCUGUGUGGCUGAGACUUGCAAAUGCAUUGAGGAGGUCAGACGAAAAUUUUAUGAUUUGGUAUAUCACGGUCUCAGAGCUGAACACGUUUAUUUGGUACAUCGAGUUGAGGAUUUGGCGAAGGCAGAAGAAAGGAUGACCGAAGAAGAAGAAAAGGAUUUUGUUGAACUCCAACAAUUUCAGACCAACCGACAGAGACAGGUUGACAGGUUGGAAAAUCUGUGCAGAAAUCUGUUCUCAACGAACCCUGAAGGUGCUCCUCGUUAUACCCACUCCGAUCCAAUUGUGGCGACUGGAAAGACAUGUCAUUGUGAAAAGGACUUAAGACUAGCACUCACAGUCCCAGACCAUGCCAAUUCCAAGCAGGUCUUGCCAAGAAUGAAGAACACCAGUUCAGUAACAGAAACAACGAGCAAAGUGCGUUUCACAAAGUUCAAAAAGACCACGAUGAAUAGGAUUUUCAGAAAAAGAGAAAGAAAAGAAAACAGCUGUUGCCUCGUGUCCUAUUCAUCAAAGAAUCACAGGGAUUCUUGACUGCCUUUAGGGGAGCUAGUUGAAUCCCAUAUAACACUAGGCGACUAGUUGACGAAAAUGUAGCAAACGCAUACAGUCACAUUGUAACAGUUAGCUGGUUAGUGGCACUUAGUUUCGAAAGGAGUUGGAAUGGCGUUAUAGCUGAAUCGGAUAUGAGCUCGACGAUGAUAUGGUUCUAUAUUUUUUGAUUACCUACCUAUGUCCCUACAACUAGGAUAAAAUGCAUAAUUCUGUGUGUGCCAAUUGGAGACUAUUGAACACAGCGGCAAAAGGAGUGGGAGUGAGUGAAGCAAAAUGGUGGUUUUUUAAAAUUCCCAUUGUUUCUAUUUCGUGGGGAUACGCCCAAACCAAAACAGCUUGAGAGAUUUAUAGAAGUCAAUACUAGCAUAAGUACUCCAUUCCUCAAGGAGGGCGUCUCUGGGUACAUUCGGCCGUGCAACAUGCACUGUACUCUAAGACAUUGUAAACAUUAAGCACUAUAUAGGAAAUGGCAAGUAAAGCCCUGUAAUCAAGAUUCUUUUUCUUUUUCGUGUUUCAGUGCGAUCUAAGAACAAUUUAUGCCACGAUAUCGCAGGAGUUGCUAAAGUACUUGGUCUACAUGUGUAAUUUGAAGCUGCACCUAUAGAACGACUGAAUUGUUUUUCCAGUGCACAUUGCUUUUGCUUCUUGCGAUCUUGCAAGGCUGAAGGGGAAGCAAACACUUACUUUGCUUGUGAGGUUGGCCCGCAAGGGGUUCUUCAAGGGGUUGGCCCGCAGAAAUAUCCGUUAUCUUAAAUGCGCAAAGAACACAAAAAAAUCACCAUUUUAUAACAACAUUACUGCAAGUGAUUACCAAAGCAUUUUUUUUUUUAACGAAAUGAGUUUACUAGUACACAAUAAAUAAUAUCAGUUUCAUUUUA